AUGAGAAGGAAAAUCCAUAACCCCACCGUUGUUCACUCUUCCGUUGUUUUGCUACAAGAGAGGUUUAGACAGUUGCAGAGAGUAAAAGAAAUGAGGAAGGAGAGAGAGCUGCUGAAAAUGCUAAGCACUGAACCUAAACAUUUGAAAAGCUCCAACCCCACCACAAAUUAUGGCCCAACAAGACAGUUUUUCCACCCUGAACUCAUCAUGCCAUCGAAGUCACCUCCCCAUGUUUCUCUUUCUCUAUGGCCAACUUCGCAGCGCAUGCAGGAUGACAAAAGAAGCAUUGUUGAGACCCCAGUCUCAAUGAACUUGCGCUCCUUAGAGUCUACACACACACAGUCCUUGAAUGCUUCAUGGAAGAACGUCUAUGAUUGGGACUCUGCCUCUGACUCUGGUGUUGAUACUUCUCUUCACCUGUAA